CCUAGGGUUUCGAGGAUCCUGCAUCGGCGUCACUCGGUCAAGCGGAAGGGGAAGAGUUGAGCCUCCAGGGACGGUGCAGCGACAAUGGUGAAGGGACGCCAAGGAGAGAGAGUGAGGCUCUACGUGAGAGGAACCGUCCUCGGAUACAAGAGGUCGAAGUCUAAUCAGUACCCAAACACGUCUUUGAUCCAAAUCGAGGGAGUCAACACCAAAGAGGAGGUAGCAUGGUAUGCCGGUAAGCGCAUGGCCUACAUCUACAAGGCCAAGGUGAAGAAGAACGGAUCACACUAUCGAUGCAUUUGGGGGAAAGUUAUUAGGCCUCAUGGUAACAGCGGUGUUGUGCGUGCGAAGUUCAAGUCAAACUUGCCUCCCAGAUCCAUGGGAGCUAGGGUGAGGGUUUUCAUGUACCCCAGCAAUAUAUGAGCUUCUGAGUUUGGGUUUGUCGGUCCCUUGUUGGCUUGAGAGAGUAUCUACCUUUUUUGUUUUCUUUGAUAGCAAGAUCAGACUAUUAUGUAGCAACAAUC